AUGGGUCCCUGUACGGCCUCCCAUUGCUGCUGUCUCCAUUGCCACACUCUGCCAUGUGCCACUUUCAGGUCUCCUCACACUCCUGCUGGUUUCCAUUUUGUCAUAGGUUGCUGUAUGGCCUCCCAUUGCUGCUGCCUCCACCGCCACACUGUGGCUCCAAACACUGGUUUUGGCCCCGUGACUGGCCAAAUGAGUGAAGUGUGCGGUGAUUCUAAGAUCGACGGCACUCAUCUGCAUGUCAUACUGACUGACAGUAUUAUUUCUCUUCCCCAGCAGACUCCAAGGGCAUUUAAAUUAAAGGUACAGUGUUCUGCACUAAUAUUA